AUGGACAACCUUGCAGACAUUGAACAGAUCGUACACGAUCUCAAGGUGGACAGAGACACUUGGCACGCAGUUGCCCUCCAAUACCGGGCUGCAUUCGAAGCCCAGACGACCCGCCUCAGCGAGCUCCAGGAUGUGUGCUUCGCCACGCAAGCCGAAUUGGAAAACGAACGAGUACAGCAGCGUCGACUACAGGUCACGUCGAACCAAAGCGAGAACUACCUUCACAGCACCUUUGAUGGGGCUGGAGACCACAAGCUGAACGGUUCUUUCGGCACAGCGGCUAUCCUCUCACCUAGGAGGAAUGAUAACGACCGCACCCAAAAACCAUCGGAUGGAUACGCAAAUCCACUGUUCAAGCGAGUGCAGGAGUGCGCAGCCCAGAAGAACUAUGGAACCGCCCUAGUCGAGGUUGAACGACUACUGCGCGGUCCUCUGAGCUCCAAAGCCCGCGCCGAAGGACUAUUGUUGAAGAGCAACGUCCUGCGAGCCUCUGGUCCCGAGGAACUAUUCGACGCGCUGGCUGCGUGUAGCGAGGCUGUGGAAUUGUGCGAUCGUAUUUCCGAACUGGAAACCUUCCUACCGAGAAUACAAUACCAGCGUGGCUUACUGUAUCAGGAGCUGCGCAUGCUCCGUGAUGACAAAGAAGUGGCCAGCACAGUCAGUGAUGACGGUCUACUAUCUACUGAGGCUAGUGACUUUCGCAAGUCAAAAGAUGAUGAUCUGGAUUUACUGCGCUUUGCUAAGCGUCGGUCGGGCUUCGAUGAGAACCGUACCAUGGAGGGCUUGCUUGCACGUUUGGAAGAGAAGGAAUUCGAGAGCAAACGCCGGCGUGUGAGUACACAGCUUAGGCAGCGCGCUGCAGCGAAAGCGAGGCGAAUGUCCCUACCCUACCGCUGGGUGAAGUCGAAGAGCGAAGAAUAUCACCUAGUUUAG